GCUUUAUCAACACUGCGCAACUGCGGCUCUUCUCGGUAAAACCCCGUCAGUGACGUCAUUGCGCCGGAAGCCUCCCGAUCGGUGUCCCUCGGUGGCGUCGAUCCGCAUACAAAGGGAGGCUGUGUCUACUUUCGUUCAUUUAGGCCGGGCGGAGAGCUCGGGAUCCGGGCAUGACCCCGCUAUCUCCUCGGGCCUCCGCCGGGCGGAAAUGAGGCCAAGAUGUCGGUGUCAGGGCUGAAGGCCGAGCUGCGGCUCCUCGAGUCCAUCUUCGGAAAGGAGCACGAGAGGUUCCGGAUAAUCAGCUGGAGGCUGGACGAGCUGCACUGUGUGUUCAUCCAAAGCACGGGGGGAGCUUUGACCAUCCACUGCAAUAUCACGGAAUCGUACCCUGCUUCUGCACCAAUAUGGUUUGUAGAGUCAGAUGACCCGAAUCUAACUUCGGUUUUGGAGCGUUUGGAGGACAUUAAAAAAAGCAACACAUUGCUUCUGCAGCAACUGAAGCGGCUGAUCUGUGACCUGUGUAGAUUGUACAACCUGCCACAACAUCCUGAUGUAGAAAUGCUGGAUCAACCUCUGCCCGCCGGACAGAAUGGGACUACAGAGGAAGUCACAUCUGAAGAGGAGGAAGAGGAGGACAUGGGUGAGGAUAUUGAAGACUUGGAUCAUUAUGAUAUGAAGGAGGAAGAGCCAGUUGAUGGCAAGAAGUCGGAGGAUGAAGGCAUUGAAAAAGAAAACCUUGCCAUCUUAGAGAAAAUACGAAAGAAUCAAAGACAGGAUCACCUUAAUGUAAGUGCAGGUGCUGUUUCUGGAUCAGUUCAAGCUUCUGACCGUCUCAUGAAAGAGCUCAGGGAUAUAUACAGGUCACAGAGUUACAAAACAGGCAUAUAUUCGGUGGAGCUUGUUAAUGACAGUCUGUAUGAAUGGCAUGUCAAGCUUCUCAAGGUUGAUCCUGACAGUCCAUUGCACAGUGACUUGCUUGUCUUAAAAGAGAAAGAAGGCGUAGACUGCAUUUUACUUAACUUCUCCUUUAAGGAUAACUUUCCGUUUGAUCCUCCAUUUGUGAGAGUUGUAUCCCCUGUACUCUCAGGAGGAUAUGUCCUGGGAGGAGGUGCUCUAUGCAUGGAGCUUCUUACUAAACAGGGCUGGAGCAGUGCCUAUUCAAUAGAAUCUGUUAUCAUGCAGAUCAAUGCUACCCUGGUAAAAGGGAAAGCACGUGUGCAGUUUGGAGCCAACAAGGUAAAGAAUCAGUACAACCUUGCACGAGCACAGCAAUCAUACAAAUCACUAGUCCAGAUUCAUGAGAAAAAUGGCUGGUACACUCCUCCUAAAGAAGAUGGCUAAUUUGAACACUUUGGACCAAGAUUUAAACAAAUUUUCUAUUUCUCCCAAAACAGAUCCACCGUUGCCCUUUUGGUCCUCUGUACAGCAUAUGUUAGCUUAAUAGAAAAAUAACUAUAGGAACUGAGACCUGUAUAUUAGACCACGUGUGCUUCUCUUAAAACGAGAGCCAGCUGCCUUUAUUGAUAAGAAGCCACUCCAAAUAUUUUAAUGUCCUAUUUAAAUCGGGCAGUAUAGCUUAGUUACAUCCAUUCCACUUUUAUUAGACUAUUGUAAAUUGCUUUCACUCUGUGUUUUUUUGUCAUUUUGCAGUAUUUGUUCUGCAUUUUUUUUUCUUUUUGCUUUGUAUAGGUUCAUUUAAAAAGCCAAACAAGAGUUUGAUACUGUUUAAUAACAUUAUGAUUGCAGUUUUAAAAAAAAUGGUUAGUAGGGGACUUAAAAUCUCAAAGUAAAAAUGUAAAAAAAAAUAUAUAAAAA